CCCACCAACACAGUUUAGCCAAAUCUUUGGGAGAAGGCAAGGGUGUGGGUAAGGUCAAGACCACCCACUCUCAGAAUACCGCUUUCUUUUCAAAUUGGGACGGGCAAGAGGCAAUGUUUAAUCCUUUGGCUUGGGCCACCGCUCCCCUCCCCAUCCUCAUCUUGUUCAUCUCCGUCUUCAACCUCCCUCAAGCAGCCGCUAUGGUGAAGCCCAUGCCUUUUGAAGAGGAAUACAUCACCAAGACGGUGGCAGCGCCAUUGGUGAAGCCCAUGCCUUUUGAAGAGGAAUACAUCACCGAGAUUGCAGAAAUAGACUACCCGGAGGAGAGGAUUGAGGCUUACACAAAUGGAGGCAUGGUGGAGUACAUCAGAGAGAAGCGAGCAGAGCCCUCUCCUUCUCCUCCUUCUCCUUCUCCGAAACUCUGGCCUGUUGAGGAGAUUAUCACCACCACUAUUUUUCCAGGAAUUGAAGAGGACGACGUGAUUGAAGUGAUCCGCAAUAAGAGGAAGGCAGCAAAACCAGCAGCCAAGUACAUGCCACUUCGUGAGCCAAUCAACACAACUCGUCGUCCUUUCAAGGCCUACAUGCAGGCAAAACGGAACCGCCGCGCAGAACCCAAUCCGUCCAGUCGCCUGUACCUGAAAGAAUACAUCACAGCCAAGCCUUAUCAAACUGGAAAGCACAUCACAGAGGAAGAUAUUGUCACCACAGUCACUUAUCCUGUGGUGAAUGAAUCAGGGUUCGUCAUCAGACAAAAGCAUGCAGCAGAGGCUGGAUUUUUCCACCAGUGCCUAGCCAAGCUGCUGGGGGUGGCAUUGGGUGUCGCCGUGAUUGCUGCCCUCAUUUACUACUAUUGGUACCGCAAGCUCAGGAGAGCCAAAGAACAGGCUGACGAGGGCAGUGUGCACAAAGACCGCAAGCCCUACCAUAAAAAACAAAGCUCUUACCGUAAUCUGAGGGACAGUGACCAGGGGGAUAACUAUGCCUACCAGUCCAGCCCAGGAUCCGGAGUAUGGUGAGACACUUCUCUUACAUAUGAACGCGCACGUCAGUUCAUUAAAAUCCAGUUAAACUCAAAGCACCG